AUGGAGGAAGAUUAUGAUGAUGAAGGAAUUGAAGAAGAAAUAGAACUUGAGUUGAGGAAAAUUACCUUUUCUUCAUCUGAAGCAGAUGAUUGUGACACUGAUUUAUCUGCAGAUACUUCAAGUGAUAGUGAAACUAUUCCAGAAGAAUUACCAGAAUCAGUACUCCAUUAUUUAAAUUUUGUGAGAAGCAGAAGUCAAAAUGCAGAAAGGCUUGUAUUGCAAGAUUUGGAAAACGUUGAAAUCUCAAGUGAUAUCUAUCAUAUUGUUCCUAGCAAUGCAUCUGAAUGUUUAGCUGAAUUAGCUUCUCAAUAUAAUGAAGAUCCAGAAGAACUCAAAAAAAGGGUAUUAUCUGAAAUAGAAGAUGAGGAGCAGCAGAUGAGUGAGGCUGCAGACAAUACUACUGAGUUAAAAAACGAUCAGGAUAUUUCUUCUAAUAAGAUGGCUAAUGGCUAUUCUUUGACAGGUUCUGAUGACAUACCCAUCAGCUUUAGUUUCCAAGAAGUUGAAGAAAGAUGCAAGCAGGAAUAUCAGUGUUGGUUGGAAAAGCAAAAAGUGCUAGAGGAUGAAAAAAUGAAUCAAUUGAAAGCUAAGAGGGACAUGGAAAUCUCUCAAAAUGAAGAAGAGAAGAGAAGGAGAGAACUACGUCAAGAAGAACUCGAAGCUGAACGAUUGAAGUUAGAAACAUUUUAUGCGCAACAACAGGCUAUGAUGGAAGAGGAACUGCUGAAGGAAGAACAGACUUGGAAAGAACAACUGAAAGAACAUGAGGAAUUCAUUAACAAAUUACGCAUACAAAUAGAAGAAGAAAAAAGGGCCUUUGAAGAACAGAAAGCAAGAGAAAGGCAACAAUUGGUGGAACAGCAGAAUAAUGCAGCUAUAAAAAUUCAGACAACAAUUAGAGCGUUCAUGGUAUACAAAAGAUUUGGUCCUGUCUUGAAAAAAAAGAGAGCAGAACAAGAAAAGAAAAGGGAAAUGAAAGAAAUAAUGGAAAAGGAAAUGAAAGAAAAGGAGGAAAGAUGGAAGAGGAGGACUUUAGAAAAAAUUGAACAAAAGGAGGAAGAAAGAAAGAGGAGAGAAGAAAAAGAGAAGGAAGAAAAUGAGCAGAAGAUGAAAAGGCGUGAAGACUAUGAAAAAAAGAAAGAAAUUGUGCGACUUCAACGAGAAUUAAUGAUUGGAGAAUUUAAAAAUGAAGGAAAAAAUGAACUAAAAUGUGUGACAGCAAAGAAUACUGAGUUUCAAAAUAUAGCUGAAGAUAUUGAACAAGCUAAGAAGGAACAAGAAAUAAAAAUAGGAAAAGAAAAAGAAGGAGUAGAAAGUAUAACUGAAAACAUCCAGAGAGAUGAACUUGCAAAUGCAGCUAACAAAAUAGAAUCAGGAAAGGAAGAAAAAACCCUUGAAAAUGUGAAAGAAAAAAAGGAAGGAAGAGCUGCAAAAAUGCUAAGAGGAAUAGAACCCUCAAAUAUAGAUAAAGCUUUAGAAAUAACAAAUAAAGAAAAAGAAACUAAGAAGUUAAAAGAACAAGAAGAUAAUAGUGACCAAAAAAAGUUAAUUAUGAAAAAGAAACAUUCAAAACAAAUACCAGACAAAAAGUACAAGGAACAAAAUGAACAUGAAGUACAUGAACUGAUGAAUGACGAAUUAUGGUAUGAUAUUGGAAGAUGUAAAGAUGAAGAGUUAAAAUCAGGAAGGGAAGAACAUCGUAAUGAGAUAAAUACUGAAGAAUCAUGUGAGAAUAAUGUAAAAAAAUGUUUAGAAACUGAGGUAUUUCAGAAAAAUAGCAAGACAAAUGCUCUUAGUACUGAAACUAAUACAGUAGUUAAUCAGGAAAGAAUCAUACAUUGCAUUCACGUUCAGUUAGAUUCUGGAGACACUGGACAAAUGGCUAGAUCAUAUGCCUCAGAAAAUAGUAAAAUAGAGCUUGCUGCAAAAGAAAUUCAUGGGGAGGUUAAUAAUCAAUGGGCCAAAGAUGAGAACUUGGACAACAUCUUUGAACAACCACUUGUAUCUGAUUCUACUGAAGUUAAAAGAUUGGCCUGGAUGAAAACAUAUAAAUCGUGGCCUAGAGUUUAUCAGGAACACCAAGAGAAGAAAAUGGUUGAAAGAAGCAAACCACGGAAGUGCUCAUCUGACCAGCUGCCUCCAUUGAGUGCUGCUAUGAUAAUCCAGGCAGGUCCUUGGAAUUCUCUACAACAGGUGACUACAGUAAACUUUCAAGAUUUGCCUGGUUGCAGUCUGUCCACAUUAUCACAAUGUGCAAGGCUUCAGUUCUUGACUCUUAGACGCUGUGGAUUACUUGCCUUGGAAGGACUCAGCAGCUGCAAGGAUUUGAAGUAUAUAGAUGUAGAGGAGAACAACAUUCAGGUGAUUAAUUGUGAGGAUCUAGAAAAUCUCUGCAUUUUAAUUCUGAACCAAAAUAAUAUUUCAUCACUUCAUGGUUUAUAUGGCUGCAGUAAUCUUUUGAAUCUUGAACUUUCCCAUAAUAAAAUAACCCGAAUUGGAGGCUUGGAAACAUUGAAAAAACUCCAGCGACUGGUGGUGGAUCACAAUCAAUUGAUCAGUACAAAGGGGCUCUCUGCUACUCCAACUCUACUAUAUAUAGAUUGCUCUUUUAAUUAUCUCACUCACAUUGAAGGCAUUGAAAACUGUGGUCUUCUUCAGAUUCUGAAGUUACAGGGAAAUAACCUCAAUGAGUUCCCCAACUUGGAAAAUCAUGUUUUGCUAAGAGAAUUAUACCUGGAAGACAAUAACAUCUCCACAUUGGGAAAACUUGCUGUGUGCUGGCUGCCUUUGCUACAGAUACUUUUCAUCUCACAAAACAGUCUGACAGAACUUGUGCCUCUUUGUUCAUAUGUGUCAUUGGAAAAACUAAACAUGAGCAGCAACUGCUUGCUAGAUCUGAAGACUGUCAUUCAAUGUCUUGAAGGCUGUGAUAGCCUAAGGGAACUAUCCCUACUUGGAAAUCCUCUUCUUCAGGAAGAGAGCUGGAGAUGCUCCUUACUCAAAAAUUUGCCCACUUUGAAAAUACUUAAUGAUGAAAAGGUAAGUUGUGAUGCAGAAAAAAAUUGUGAAAGAAGUAAAAAAACCUUGAAGUCAGGAAGUUUUGCAGCAUUUUGUCAAGCUCAGAUUCGAGAAAUUGUCUUGGUCAGCAAAAAAGCUACAACUAGAUUAAUAGAUAAAUUCUCAGAAGACUCUGUACAGCUCCAGUGUUGGUAUUUAAAGAAGCUGAUGAAACUUAGUACUGAACAUCGCAAUGCACAUGAGUAUGGAGUUCUAAACAUUACAAGGGCAGAAGAACCAGAAAAAGAGGCAGAACAUUUGACUCAAGAAGCUAUUAAAUUCAUAGAGAAAAAUAACUUCUUUAUCUCUGGUGCAAAAGAAAAUAAGCAGGACUCAUUGAAUAUGCCUGAAAGAUGGAUUACUUCUGGCCAUACUCACACUGAGCCUGUUAACUCCUUCAUGCCUGUACCAGGAAUAGAAGAAAACCAAGUAUGCAGACAAAAGAAGAAUAUUCAGUAUUCUACAAAUGACAGUGGGGAAAGCAAUGAAUUAAUCAGUCCUAAGAGAAACAAAUUCAACAAGCAAAUUACAACCAAUGAAAGAGGAAAUUACCUUCAACAUUUUGACAAUUCACAAAACUCAGCAGCCAUAAUUAUCCAGUCAUAUUGGCGAGGUUAUAGAGUUCGUAAAGAGAUCAAUUUUUAUACAAGGCUACAUCUGGCAGCAACUGUAAUCCAAUCUGCUUGGCAGAGCUACUGCAUCAGAAGAAAGAUUGUCAGCUGUGAACAAAAAAAUAAUCAUUUCAUGGAUAGGCAUAAAGCUGCUACUAUACUUCAGGCUCUUUGGAAAGGUUUCCGUUUGAGAAAGAAACUGGCCAGUGCUUUGGCAGCUGUUAAAACUCAUGAAAUUGAGGAUGACUGUAAAGAAGUCAAUGUGGAUGAUUUUGUGUUUAAUGAAGCUGUCAUAGAGAAAGAAUGGCCAGCUUUGGAUUCCAACUGCUUCCUUUCACAAACACUGCUGUUCUCAGACCAGUUGCCCUCGCCAAAGUGCAAUGAACCAGCAGGAAGUGAGAACAGCUCACUUAAUUUAAAGUGGCCUCCCCAUAAAAUUUCACGGUUUAGGAAAAGAUCAACAUUGUCAGAAAACACCCAGAUUAGCAACUGGUCAGAAAAAAGCACUGCUUCACAGCUUUCUGAUUUGAAGCCCCCCCAAAAGUUAUCACUGAGAUCUGAAAAAGAGGAAAAAAUUUCAGAAGAAUGGGGUUUUAAAGACAUUUCUACUGCACAGCUGAUGCUAAAAAGAGCACAUAAGAUGAAAGCAAAGAAAUCGAAUGCUAAAAAAGUUGACCCAGCUGUGCGCCUGGCGUUGUUCAAAAACAAUGAAAAUAAACAUCCCCCUGUGAAACCACCAAAGAAGCCACAGACUACAAAAAUUGGUUACUUUGAAGGUAAAGGAGAAGAAUUUUCUCACAUAGAUUUCUCAACAGAGAGGAUUCAAAGAAGUAAAGAACGUACAUGCCAAUGGCUUUAUACACAAGUUUGGGAUUAUGAAGGAGCUAGUCCCAGAAAUGAAAAAUGCAGGCAUUUCUUACCUGAGAUAGAUCCAGAUGUUCUCAAGGGAGGAAGAGUUCAAUUUGUGACAAGCCCUGUAAGGAGAGAAGAUACGGAUUUAGAGCUUGUUUCCAUGACUAGUGGAAGUACUUUGACUCAGAACAGAGAAAAAAAUAAUCAGCCACACAGACACUCUGCAGAAUCUUCCAAAAAGGAUGCACCUUCACCUGAGAAAUCACAAUUGAGCCCCGCCCAUAAAGAGCGGAUAUCAUUUCGAGACCAUCCAGUUCAAUUCAGCGGUGGAUGGGGAAGUGGCAAAAAGAAAACGAAACUAUUGAAAUAGUAAUUGGACCCUCAGCAUUUAAAACGUAUGGAGUUUCUUCUUAGUUGGCCUAUGUAUUAUCAUCAUGUAUGAAUGUCCCAGAUGCAAGGAUCUUAAGUAUUGUGUAUGCUGUAUUUUAUUUCACUCUGUGUGAUUUUCCACCUUUCCUUUUUUUUUGGCAAAGAGCUUUUACAAAUAUUAUUUCUUUAACAUUUAUAUCUGAAAUUUACUUUUGCAAUGCAGUUUAAAGUUCAAAAGCACAUCUGCAAGUAUAAACAAGUGAUACAUAAUCAGAAGAAUAAAUUUGGAAGAAGGCAUACAAUAGUGGGUUUAUGAUUUCAUUGUAGUAUACAAUUGAGAUGGCUUGACUAAAAUACUUGUACUUAGACUCAUUCACUCAAGUUAUAUCUCAGUAAAAAAAAAAAAAAAGUUAAAAGUGCCCCCCAAGUCUGGAUAUUUUGCUUGGCUGCUGUGUAAAUUGGAAAAUAUAACUAUUAGGAAUUUGUAUUUGUAAAGAAUAAACUGUGAAUUUGUCAUCUCUCUCCAGACAUAUGAAUGCUAUAAAUAUGUUUUGUGUAUAGAAUUCUUCAGAAUUUACACAUAGUACAACACAUCCUGACAGAGUUGAAUGAGUGCGUACUUAUAAUACAUUUAAAUUCAGCAAUGUUAAGUUUUAUUUCAUAUUGCUAAAUUAU